AUGUGUACUUCGCCAAGUGAUUGUAAAACAAUUCCGUGGUUGUUCUUUCGACGUCGAUGUAAAAAAUUUAUAGCAACACAACAAGAGCCAUCACGAUGUUAUUGUGGACGUACAGAAGAAGAACAUUUUGAUAAAGCUAACUCACCGUUAAGAAUUCCAGCUAAAGCAAUCAAAUCGAUUCAACCAAAAUCAAAUUACAAUAAUCUCUAUAUAAAUAGUCAUGAUCAAGAUGAACACGAUCUUGAAAAAUGGAAUGUAUCAAGACAUACGACACUUUAUCCAACUAAUGCAUUUGGAACAAUUGAAUUCGAGGGUACUACUCAUCUAGCCAAGGCUGAAUAUAUUCGCUUGGCGUAUGAUACGAAUCCAUCCCAAAUUGUACAUCUUUUCAAUAAAUACUGGCGUUUGCAAUUACCGAAUUUAAUUGUUUCAAUUCACGGAGGAAUACAAAAUUUUGAUUUACAACCACGUCUUCGACAAGUCUUGAAAACCGGUCUAUUGAAAGCGGCUAAUACAACUGGAGCCUGGAUACUUACAAAUGGGACAAAUACCGGUACUGUUCGACAUGUUGGUGAUGCUCUGUUUGUAAAAUCAAGAACUCGUUCAAAAAUUGUUGUGAUUGGAAUUGCUCCUUGGGGUGUAGUAGAAGGUCGUGAACAAUUAAAAGGAGAAAAUAAAACAGUAUCGUAUCAUUGCAGUGCUGCUGUUACCGGUGAAAAUAAUGCAACAUUGAACAGUUCACAUAGUUGUUUUUUAUUGGUUGACAAUGGUACAGUGGGAAAAUAUGGUGGAGAAAUCGUUUUACGCAAACGAUUGGAAAAAUAUUUAUCACAGCAAAAGAUUGCCUUUCAUGGUCAUUCGAGUAAACAAAAUAUUCCUGUUGUUUGUGUGAUCGUAGAAGGUGGAACAAAUACAAUUCGCACAGUAUUAGAAUAUGUUACAGAAGAGCCACCUGUACCAGUUGUCGUUUGUGAUGGAAGUGGUCGAGCGGCCGAUCUUAUCUCAUUUACUUAUAGACAUGCAGAAGCAGAUGGUACAAUGUCAGUUGAUUUACAAGAUCAAUUAUUACGAGUGAUAAUGAAAGUGUUUUCUUAUAAUCGUCGUCAAGCGGAAAAUGUUUACGUAGAAUUAAUGUUGUGUAUGAGAAAAAAAGAAUAUAUAACGAUUUUUCGAAUUGACGAUGAUGAUAGUGCAGGACAAGAAAUUGAUCAAGCCAUUCUACGUACAUUAUUAAGAAAUCAUAAAGCAAGUGCCUUAGAACAAUUUCGAUUGAUUUUAUCGUGGAAUAGGCCGGAUAUUGCUCAAACAUGUUUAUUAACUAAACGAAAUGAGUGGGUACAAGAAAAUUUAGAAACAGCUAUGUUUGAAGCAUUAUCAGAAGAUAAAGUUGAAUAUGUCAAACUACUAUUAGAAAAUGGUGUAUCGAUGCAAAAAUUUUUAACAUUUGAUCGGUUACAAGCAUUGUACAAUAAUAAAUGUGGUACAACAACAAAUACAUUGGACUUAAUUAUUAAAGAUCUGAGACGACAUCAUGGACGAAAAACAUAUUCACUUUUUGAUAUUGGUCUUGUUAUUGAAAAAUUAAUGGGUCAAGGUUAUCGUUCCGCUUACACUCGUCGAACAUUUCGUCAUUUGUGUGCACGUCAAGCUUCUCGCUAUCGUCAAAAUCAUGAUACGAAUCUGGAUAUUGACUCAAAACAAAAUCCACAAACAUCGACAUCAAAUAUAAUACCUCGAUCGGAUGAUAUACCGAUGACAUCAACAAAAAAAGUAGCAUGUGAUAAUCCAACAUUCGACUCUCCGUACAAUGAUCUAUUAAUAUGGGCUGUAUUGAAUAAACGUCAUUCAAUGGCUUUGUUUUGUUGGGAAAAUGGUGAGGAUGGUUUGGCUAAAGCUCUUAUGGCUUGUCGUCUGAAUAAAUCGCUUGCUCGUGAAGCAGAAGAUGACGAAUUAGAUACAGAGAUUGCCGAAGAAUUUUUGUUACAUGCAGAAGAUUUUCAACAAAGAGCAUUAGCUUUGUUAGAUCAAUGUUACAAAGAGAAUACUGAUAAAGCUGGUCAAUUAUUAACAUAUGAAUUAUAUGAUAAGAACUUUAGUGACUUGAAUUGUUUAGAUUUAGCUGUAUUAGCUUAUAGUCGAGACUUUGUAGCACAUAAAUCUUGUCAACAGUUAUUAUCUGAUUUGUGGAUUGGAGGAAUGAAUGUGAGAAAAUAUUUAAAAUGGAUGGUACUAUUAGCAUUAUUUUGUCCAUUAUUUAUCUUCUUAAUUGAUUUUAAGUCACCUAGAGAAUUAGAAAAAAUGCCACAGACUGAGGAAGAAGCAUAUCUUGAAGAGCAAAAUGAAAUGAGUGAUAGUGAUGAUUCGGUGAGUGAUGAUAGCGAUGAUAGUGAAAACAGUGAUUUACACGAAUUGCAUGAAAGUACAAUUGAUGACGAUGAACAUAGUGCUGAUGAUGAUCGAAAAAAGAAAAGAAAAAAAAAGAAAAAAAGAAGGAAGAGAAAUAGUAACAGUAUACAUAAUGAUGAACAUUCAGCGAGUAAAACUGAGGACGUGACUCUAUUAGUAGCUGGCCAAAAGAAUGAGGCAAAUAUCAUCACUGAUAUAAUAACAACAACAAUUACGGAACCAACGGGAGCAACAAUGAUUACUGUUGAUGAUAAUAAAAUUGGAAGCAGCAAAUCUAAAAAUCGCCGAUGUUUGAAUUUAAUACAAAAUUGGAUUAAUCAGUCAAUAUUCUAUCGAUUUUUUCGUCUGUUGUAUAAUCGUUUUCAAAAAUUAUUUAAACGUUACGGCUGUUGGCGAAAAAUAAGAACAAUUAACACAUUGAGAUAUACCAACUCAAUAGGUGAUGCUCAACCGUGUGUACUAUAUGAAAUGAAUGAAAAACAGAACAAUUUAUUGAUCAAUAAUGCUGAUUUACCAAUUAUGAAAAAAAUUUAUGAAUUCUAUAACGCUCCGGUGACAAAAUUUUUUCAAGAUUUAAUAUUUUUUCUAUUAUUCCUAGCCCACUUUACCUAUGUUAUUCUAAUCCGUACACCGCCUAAACCAUCGGUAGUAGAAUGGUUAAUAAUGUGUUAUUUAUCCACUAUGGCAUUAGAUCAAAUUCGUGAAAUUCUAACAAUGAAUGCAACUCCAUGGAGAAUUCGUUUGAGGGUUUAUUUUAUUGAUUAUUUACAUUUGUAUGAUACAUUUGGUAUUUUGAUAUUUGCAUUAGCAUUUAGUUUACGUCUGACAGUUGAUCUACGUGUUAUUGGACGAUUAUUACUUUGCGUUAAUUUGAGUUAUUGGUAUUUGAGAAUGUUUCAUUUUCUCGUUGUUUCAAAAGAAGUUGGUCCUUAUAUUCAUAUAGCCGCAAGAAAUAUUAUUGAUCUGUUACGUUUAAUUGUAAUUGUUAUUAUUGUAUUAAUGUCAUUUGGUGUUUCGAGACAAGCCAUAAAAUAUCCUAAUGAAGGAUUCACUUGGCAUUUAGUGAAAGAAAUAUUUCUAGAACCGUAUUUUAUGAUUUAUGGAGAAGUAUAUGCAGACAAAAUUGAUGCACCAUGCAAUCGCACUGAUGAUCCGUCCAAUCCAUCGUGCAUGCCGGGACAUUGGAUUACACCAAUCACAAUGACUGUAUUUUUACUCGUUUGUAAUAUUCUACUAUUAUCAAUGUUAAUGGCAAAAUUUAAUGCUACAUUUUUAAGAUUAAGUCGAUUAUCCGAUCAGGUGUGGAAGUUUCAACGUUAUCAUACUGUUAUGCAAUAUGAAUCUAAGCCAAAACUUGCUCCGCCUAUUAUCAUCUUUUCACACAUUUAUUUACUAGUUGAAACACUUUAUCAGUUAUUUUUAAAUGCCGACGAUAUUGAAAAACUACGCGACUUUGAAGAAGAAUGUGUACAUGAAUAUUUGACUUUGAAAGAAGAACGAGAGAAAGGCACUGUCGAAGAAAAAAUGUCAUUUACUAUCGAUAAAGUCUCAAAUAUGCUAACUCGAGUUGAUACAAUAAAACAAAGUGAAACACAACAAACUUCGUAUUUACAAAGUUUUGAUGAACGCUUACAACGUUUAGAAGACAUACAUACUUCAACCUUGACUUUGCUUCAAACAUUGAUUCAAAAUUUGAAUCAAAAUCAACGACCAUUGUCGCCUACAACACCAACACGGAUUUUACAAUCGCCCUCAUUACAGAGCAUUUAUCCAGAACAAUCAGCAAUAGAUGAUCUCAAAUUUGAGCCUGCUUCAUCAUCUGUAUCAUUGAAUAACAAUCAAACUACAUCAGAAGAAAAAGCGCAAGCAUUAUCUCGACAUCAUGCAGCUCAAGGCAGAAGUUUCAGUUUAGCUCCGCGCUUAGAUCCAGAAACACAAACUGAUCUUUUAGCGGCAUCAAGCUCGUGUAAUUUAUUCAAUAAAAAUGCAUCGAUAGCAUAUUCUCCACCAACUCCUGCUGUUAUCACCACUACACAACACGAUGAAAUAAUCAGUAUCGUUCGAAAUCCACUAUUCUUAUCUAUGGAUAAAACAGUAUUAAUGGUUCAACAUUCUUCAUCACAUCAAGAUGAACAAAAUCCACAAGACGAAAAAUUAUAUGAAGCGGAAGAAACAGAGCAUAAUAUUAUUGGAAAAUUAAUUAAAGAACGUGUCCGCACAUUAUCUACUGCCGUGGAAGAAAUUGAGCGUACUCUCGAACGUGUUCCGCGUCGCAAUAAUGAUGAAAUUACUGAAACAAGUAGUAAUAAUACAGAAGAUUAUUUGGGUGAAGAAGAAUUGUUACCGUCGAUCAUUGAUUGGAAUAAAGCAGCAAGUGGAAUGGUAACACCAUCACAAAGCGAAAUUCAACAUCACCAUCAAGGAGAUGAUUUAUUUAAUCCAACAUCUAACAAUAACGGUGAAUAUAUACUGCAGAUGGAUGAAUUAAAUAGUGUACAUUCUGCAGUUGAAGUUACCUCACUUUCGACAUCAUUAACACAACAACAAGACAAUCCAUGA